GGAAUAGGGCCCUGGUUAAAAGUAGUGCACUAUAUAGGGAAUAGGGUGUCAUUUUUGGAACGCAUUCGUAGUCAGAACGGUAGGAACACCCAGGUUGGUCACAGGACAAACCCAAAAGACUAAAGAAAAGGGACAAUGAGCUGGACACACACAUAUCGGAGGAGAUCAGCUAUCUUCGUCUCAGUUACUAAGAGAACUCUGAGGGGAGCAUGUGCAGCUACUGAUCUCUCAGUGAAGAAACAGACACAGCAUGCACACACACACUCUCCUCCUCCUCCUCAUUCUGAAGCCAGGCGUCUGUGAGUCCUGUUCCCUGGUGGUCAGUCCUGCUGGGCUGGUGGUGAAAUAUGGAGCCCCUGCUUCGGCCAACUGCAACUCCGAUACGGUCAGCUCUAUGGGCUGGGAGACGAGCCAGGGAGAAUCUCAGGUCUUUAGACCUGAGGUGAAAGAGCUGACUUGGAGAGUAGACAGCCUGACUGACUGGAAUAUAAAGCCUCAAUGCUUUGAGAUGUCUGAGGAGGGAGGCCAGUGUGUCAGAGUGUUGAAUAUUACUGUUUACAAGCUUCCAGACAGAGUAUCCAUCAGAUAUUUAAACCACUCUGGUCCCGUGGUUGAGGGGCAUCAGUACUCUCUGCAUUGUGUUGUCCAGAACACCGCUCCAAUUGAGCACCUCAGAGUGACCUUCUUCAAACUCUCUACCAAUGGUGAACAGACAGUGUUAUACACACAACAACUGAACAAUGACAUUAGGGAACCAGUGAAUGGGAGCUUUUCCCUGCAGUUCUCCCCCACUAGUGUUGAUGACGGGGCCCAGUUGUGUUGUUCAGCCAUGUUGGAUCUGGGACCACAGGGACCCCAACCUCCUCCUGUAAUGGAAUCAGAAUGCCUCAACACCACCGUGCACUUCGCUCCUGAGUUCUGCUGUUCUGCCAAGCUGCAGGUGCGAGCGGGGGAGGGGCUAACUUGUGAUGUCAGAGGCAAUCCCCUCCCAUCGGUCACCUGGCUGAGAGACGGACAGGUGCUGACCCCGCCCACACACCUGAGCAGAGAGGAUGCUGGGAAUUACACCCUCAUGGCUUUGAACUGUAUUGGAAAAGCCAAUCACACAGUGGAGGUGGAGGUCCUACAUGACUGUGCUGCUAGAGGAGCUUCCUGUCAGGCUGCUGGGAGUGCCACGGUGGCUCUGCUGCUCCACCAGCUCAUUCAUUGGCUAUAUUGAAUGAUUAUUUUAUUGAUUGAAUGGUUGAAUGAUUAAUUGACUAAUCAGGACAUCAAUCUCUGUGCUGGAGCUUUGUGAUUUGACAGUGAUCUGUGAGGGCAGUCUUCAAUAGAUCUGGAAUCAGAUCUGAGUUAGUAGAAAACCUUUUUUUCUAAAUGUGAAAUUAGCUGUUUUGAAAUGUGUUAUUUUGAAGUAGUGCUAUUGAACAGGUCUAUAAUUAAGCAAUAAGGCCCAGGGGGUGUGGUAUAUGGCCAAUAUACCACGGCUAUGGGCUGUUCUUAUGCACGACACAACUGUAUAAAUGUUUAUUUCAAACCCUAACCUUAAAUAUUUAUCACUAACAAACUAUAUAUGUUUAGGCCUAAUCCUAACCCUAAGUGUUUAUUACUAAUAAACUAUAUAAAUGUUUAGGCCUAAUCCUAACCCUAAAUGUUUAUUACUAAUAAACUAUAUAAAAUGUUUCGGCCUAAUCCUAACCCAGUCUCUAGCAACAGAUCUGCCAUUAUCCUUAUCGCAAUGUUGUCAAUGUCUUUUGUGACUAAUAAAAGUUGACCCACAAA